CGGGACGUGGGCCGAGCCCCCUCCCGGCGUGGCGCGGAGAUAGCACCGGAGCCGCUGGCCGCAGGGUCCCUGCUGCGCCGCGGGGGAAGGGGCGGCGGGCGUCCGCCGAGUCAUCGGAGCCGCGCCCCGGUCGUGGGCAGACGGUGCAGCACGCGGUCGAACUCUGUGGCGCCGAGCUCCGCGGACUGGGAGCGGCUGAGAAUCGUCUGCACAGGUCUAGGGAGUGAGAACAUGGAGACCUCUUUGGUGGAAGAGUUUGAACAUAGUCCACAGGAUGUGGAUGGCUUAGAGUUCAAGGAAGAGGAACAGUUAGCCCCAGGCCAUGAAGUAGGAUAUGCUCCUCUCAAACCUGAAAGCAUUCAAAGCUGGGAUGACUUAUGGGUUCCCCGAGAGAGACUUGGGAAGCGUCAGCCUCGAUAUGCAGCUCCCCGGGUCCUGGGAGAACCCCGCUGUGGACAGGCUAGUAAUGGCCGAGCUGCAGUGUGUGGUGAGUGUGGCAAGAGCUUCCGGCAGAUGUCAGAUUUGGUGAAACACCAGAGGACCCAUACUGGGGAGAAGCCCUACAAGUGUGGGGUCUGUGGCAAGGGCUUUGGGGAUAGCUCAGCCCGAAUCAAACACCAACGAACUCACACUGGUGAGAAGCCCUAUAGAGUCCAGCCACCCGCCUCAGGUCCUCCCAAAAUGCCUCGGUCUCGGAUUCCUGCUGGUGAGCGCCCCACUAUUUGUGGUGAAUGUGGCAAAAGCUUCCGCCAGAGCUCUGACCUGGUAAAACACCAGCGGACACACACAGGAGAGAAGCCUUACAAGUGUGGCAUCUGUGGCAAGGGCUUUGGUGACAGUUCUGCCAGAAUAAAGCACCAGCGGACACACAGAGGCGAGCAGCUCCCCCGGCCGGUGGUUCCCCGACAGCAGCCAUCUCCAGCAGCUCCAGCAGCUCCACAAAGAUCCAAGGCCCAGGACAAGCCAUAUAUCUGCACUGACUGUGGUAAAAGGUUUGUGUUAAGCUGCAGCCUGCUGAGCCACCAACGUAGUCACCUAGGACCCAAACCCUUUGCUUGUGAUGUGUGUGGAAAGGAGUUUGCCCGGGGCUCUGACCUGGUGAAGCACCUGCGGGUACAUACAGGUGAGAAGCCCUACCUGUGCCCUGAGUGUGGCAAGGGCUUUGCUGAUAGCUCUGCCCGGGUGAAGCAUCUCCGCACCCACAGUGGCCAGAGACCUCAUGCCUGUCCAGAGUGUAGCCGUACCUUUAGCCUAGGCUCUACCCUUCUUCGUCACCGCCUUACCCAUGUGGAGCCACAGGACUUCAGUUUGUCAGCCUACCCUGUAGCCCCCCUCAUCCUUAGCCCACCACCUCCUCUUGGCACUAGCCCUUCACUGACCCCUCGAAGCCUUUCACAUUCCAGUGACGGGUCCUUUGGCCUGCCUGGCUUAGAACCAGAGCCUGUGGGCCCACAGGCUGGGGAGCCACCCCCACCACUUGCAGGUGACAAGCCUCACAAGUGUCCUGAGUGUGGCAAAGGCUUCCGCCGAAGCUCCGAUCUGGUCAAACACUUUCGUGUGCAUACAGGGGAGAAACCCUACCUCUGUCCUGAAUGUGGCAAGGGCUUUGCUGACAGUUCCGCCCGAGUCAAGCACCUCCGUACCCAUCAGGGCGAACGUACCAGACCACCACCGCCAUCUACUCUCCUGCGACCACAUAACCCACCUGGUCCAGUACCCACAGCUCCUCAAUCUCGAGUGCGGGGCCGGCCCUCUGGACCCAGCCAGCUUCAUGUGUGUGGUUUCUGUGGGAAGGAGUUCCCCCGGAGCUCAGAUCUAGUCAAACACAGGCGUACACAUACAGGGGAGAAGCCAUACAAGUGUGCAGAGUGUGGCAAGGGCUUCAGUGACAGCUCUGCUCGAAUCAAGCAUCAGCGUGGGCACCUGGUCUUAAGGCCCUUUGGGAUAGGGCAUGAUCGAUCGAGGCCUCUCCUCCAGGAGGGGUCACCAGUUAUAAUGGAGUGAUGGGUGGUCCAGGGAGGGUAGAGAACCAGGGUAGGGGGGUGGUAUUUGCUGCUGAAGGCAGAGAAAGGCCUGGGAAAUGGUGGGAGGGAUGAGGAGGAUGAGAAUAGAUAGAAACAGACUAAAGACUGUAAUGUUCAUGCUCAGGAAACUCUUGGCUAGGUGUUGGGAACCUUUCCAGUAUGAGCUAUGCCACAGCUUUUAGAAUACUGCCUAGCACAGAGUAGGCACUUCCUACUUGUAGAAUUAAGUAAGCUGGACUUGGCUCUAAAAUCCUGCCUCUCUUCCUUCAGCUGGGCAAAGUAGUGUACAACCUUUAAUUCCAGCACUCAGGAGGCAGGGGCAGGCAGGUCUCAAAUUUGUGGCUCUUCAUAGAGAGUUCUAGGUCAGCCAGGACUAUAUGGUAAAGCAAAACACAAGAAAACCUUAAUCCUCCUGACCUUUGGCUGGGAGAACAGGGAUUGUUUGAAUUUAAGGUGUCAAAACAAGGCAGGGGCAUUUGGCCACCCUGAGGGGCCAGUGUUGCUGUGGUAUAGGCAGUUUCCACCUGUUCCUGUGUACAUGGCUUUGUCCAGGAACAGCUCUUUGGGAAAGAGCUUAGAUCUGUGCUUUGAGGGCCCUAGCCACCCUGACACAGGGACACAGGUGGAGCCCAGGUCAUCAUGGACAUCUACAAAGACCAGCUUUCUGUGCAAGGGCAGGGCCAGUGUAGGCCAGAGAAGCUUCCAGUCUCCACAGCCAAAUGUCUUUGUCUCCUUACUAAUAAAAAGUCCCUUGUCUGA